GGGGGAGAGAGAGAGACAGAGACACAGCAGAGGGCUGAAGUCAUCAGCGGGCCGGCAGGAGGGGAGUGAAUGGGUCCCGCACGCAAAGCAGAAAAGCGCUGAAACUGCGGAGGUUUACUUUGGUUCAGUUGCCUGCCGCCGACUGCGAGCGAGCGAGAGAGGAGGUGUGUGUCUGACAGCCAAAAGAACUAUGAAACUUUCUACCUAGAAAUUGAUUUUGUAGUUAUUCGUGUUGGUUCUGUAGAGGAUUCUUUUUCUUUAUUGUGCUUUAGUUGAUGCUGAGAUGAAGCAGAGACCCUGAGCGCGUCUGGCACAUUAAGGUAUCCACACACCGGGACGCGCGGCGCAUCUCCACUGAGAAACACGGAUAGAGGGGGAGAAAGGUCAAUGUGGAGUUCUACAAAUGGAUAUAUAUCUCAAACUUUUUAAGAGUCACGUCAGUCGUAAUCAGUAAUUCUAUUCAUCUCCUUUUGACCAAUACUAAUGUUUGAUUCUCCUCACCUCCUGCGCACGACGGAUGAAAAUCGAGCUCUUUGGUGUGUUUGUUGCUUUUUUGUUUUUUGGAGGGAAUGCUCUUUAUCACAGCACGGAAAGCGAAUCCCUGACUCAGUCUGCCUUUCUUGGCACGUAUGAAGACCCUCUCCAGGAUGUUACAGUCUCAGCGGCCCAGGCAUCAUUGGGCCACCGUACACUACCAUCACCACAUAUCACCACAUAGCUGGGGGUCCUGCUGUGUCUAGGAAUUAUCUAGCCUCCACCUUCUGCCAGCGUCUGGGGGAAGAAAACGGAAUCUUAUCCAAUAAGUGUUUUGGUGAACAUUGACAUUGGCUUUACGAGUCUCAUCUCUGGGCUACUAUGCAAUUACAACUGAUCUCCUUUGUGUUGAUCAUCUUGCACUGCAUGGAUUACACUGGUUGUCAGCAGCACAGCAGCUCCAGGCACCGGCAACACAAACAGAUCUCUGGUGUGAGCUCAGGGUGCCAGCAGGGUGGCUGUCUGACCUGCUCUGACUACAAUGGCUGCCUGUCCUGCAAGCCGCGCUUCUUCAUGCAUUUGGAGAGGAUUGGGAUGAAGCAGAUCGGGGUGUGCAUGACUUCCUGUCCUCCAGGCUUUUACGGCACACGCUCCCCAGAAAGAAACACCUGUACAAAGUGCAGGUUGGAGUGUGACUCCUGCUUCAACAAGAACUUCUGCACACGUUGCCGAGUAGGAUUCUACCUUCACUUGGGCAAGUGCCUGGAGAACUGCCCAGAGGGGAUGGUCCACAGUGACACACAAAAGGAGUGUGUUUCCAGGUGCCCUGCAGAUUGUGAGUCAUGUGUCAGUAGUGAUACAUGUACAAGGUGCCGGGCAAACCUGUACCAGCUCAGCGGGAGGUGCCACCAGGUCUGUCCAGAGAACUAUGAGCCCAAUGACAAACUCAUGGAGUGCACAUCACAAGUGCACUGCGAAGUGGGUGAGUGGAGUGAGUGGAGCCCCUGCUCUCGGUCCGGUAGAACCUGCGGCUUCAAGCGGGGCCAGGAGACCCGCACACGGCAGGUCCUCCAGUACCCAUCAGCCUUCGGUAAACCCUGCCCUGAGAUAUCAGAGAUCAAAGAUUGCCUGGUCAAAAGGAGGAAAUGUCCAGGACGACGGAGCAAGAAUGAGCGAAGAGAUCGGAGGAAUCGUAACAACCGCAAAGAUAAGGAGAACCAAGAGGGGCGACGAGAGCGGAAGAGGGAAAGGGAGCGAGAGAGGGAGAGAGACCCAGGUGAACGUGAAGACUCUGAUAACAGGAACAAAACAGAGCACAGGCACCGCAGAGGCCACGACACAGAGCCAGUCUCCCCUGACGACGGCCUAGUACCGUAGUGCUCUAACGCCUUCCCACCUUUCCUCCUGUUAUCCUCCCAGUCUUCCUCCUCCAAACCUUCCCCACCCUCACCCACUGUUCGCCCCCAUCGACCCCUCUCUGCAGGGGUGUUGCUGCUACCUGUAUGAUUUGAAAAAAUACUGUCUGUGCACAGACAGGAUGGGGCACAUUCAGCCACAAGGCUUGGGCCACUCUGAACUUUAAAAAGUCUUCUUUUCUACCCUGUAGCCUCUACUCCUUCACUUCUACCGCUGAGAGAGAGAGUGUUGAAAAAGUACAGGAGACACUGUUGAGACUGCUGUUGGGACGGAAGAACAAAAUGAGAAGUGUCUGUGACCAUGUGGAGGACUGGCAGACAGACGAACAGAGAGACAAAGACGUUACACUAUGUGCUUGUUGAUAUGGUUAUUUAAUGGGGCCCUGGUACAACAUUGCGCGUUUUUGAAUGUAGAUUUUGCAACAUUAUGUAGAACAAUUGUUUAUUAUUGUUGUUCCUGUUCUUUAGAUCUCUUUAUUUUAUUUGGUGCAGAAUUUGUAAAGAAAAAAUAAAAGUGAGUUUGCUCUUGCCAUCUCGUGACAUCUUCGUAAUCACUACAAACGAUGUAGGAAAACCUGCAUGUUGUGAAGGUGUAAGGUUAAAAAAAAAAAAACCAUCAACACAUGCUCUAGUUUUAUCCAGAUAUGAAUCUAAUCUCCCACUGGUUUUCUUCUUGUGUACUUUGAGUAAAGCUCCUCGACUAGGACCCACAGCCGCCUGUAUGUCAAAUAAAACUAUAAUGGGUUUGUACCUGUGUCUUAUCCAUUUUCUCAUCUGACAGCCAUCUUGUGCAAUCCACUUGAAUGUGCUUAAAACCCUCUCAGACUAAAUGGAGAGUGAAACUCAGUACAGUAAGCUGACACGUAUUGUUGUCAAAGGUUGCCACGGCCUCAUUCGGGUGCAAAGUGUAUCAGCACUAGGAAGUUUCUUACUGUAACGCCUGAACACUUGUCAUAAGUACUGACAAUCCAUUUCCUAAUGUCACUGAAGUCUAAAUAAACACACUCUGUAAAUUUAGAAAUAUAUUCAAAGUCCACAGUAGAGAACAGUUAAAAGGCCAACCUCUUUUCCACAACUAUUCUAACACACCUACAAUAACUUGUUCUUCAGCACAUAUUAUGAACCAUUAAAAAUGCAGUUUAAAUAAAUUAAGCAACCUGUAGUUCUUAUUAUGCAAGUCAAAAUCCACAAUUGUGAUUGUGGAUUUUAACUUGUGCAGGUACAGCCCCCCUCAUUUAUCAACUACCAUGUAGAUCAAACUUCACAGCAAGACAUAUUUUUCAACUGAAUUAAUUCAAGUGUAUAAUUAAUUGGAAUGACUUCUUUAAUAUUAAGUUUUAUACAUUUGAACAUCUAAAAUAUUUCAGUGCUUUGAAAGUUUGUCAAUAAACCAGAUUUGACAUGUGAAAUGAAGGAUGAUCAUUUUUAUCUGGAUUAACCUGUUUGGUUUCAUGAAAAGCGUCAGUGGUCCUAAACACUUGGUCACUGUUUCAGUUGUACGCUGUCAAGCCAAAAUAUUUUUGUGUAACAAAAACGAGAAAUAAAGGAUCAUAUUUUAAAGCUAAA